GUCGAGACGUAGCGCAAUAAGGCAAGAUGCGGGGCGAGAACGCAGGCGUGCUGGACGCCUUCAGCGACGUGAGCGAGUCAUCAGAUAGUGACGAGGAGAUACUGCAUGUGAUGGACCCAUCAGAUCCGCGCGCACACCGUCCGGCGCCAUCCGUUGUGCAACCGACGCGCGUGAAGGAAACCAAGACACCGCAGAAUCAGGCGACGUCGCGCUGGGACUCAGAUGACGACGUGGGUGAACCAAUCAGCGUCGAUUCAGACUCGGAGAAUCAGAAGACUCAGACACCCAUCGUAAUCGACGAUGAUGAUGCCAAGGAGACUCCGAAGCCGAAGAUCGGCGUGACGCUAUCCAAGUGGGCUCAGGCUCGCUUCCUGGUGCCUGCCAGCCAGCGCAAGAUCCCGAUGUUCGAGGAGCCGCCGCUAGAGCCUUUGAACGACUUCAUUCUCAGCGACUUCAGCUCUCGACACCGCGGCAACACAGGCGACGUGGAGGUGGAGAAGGAGAUUAAGUUAGAGGAUGAAGAAGAACAGGCCGAGAGCAACAAAAUGCAGGUCGGUGUGCCUCUAUUUGACACCAACUCGAACGAUAAAGAGAAGGAAGAUGAAAGUCAGGACGAGACCAAACCUAAGGAAAAGAAGAAGAAGAAAAAAGAGGACGGGCGCAAACGUAAAGAGAACAGAUACUUCAUCACAGAUCUGGCUACCAAGUGCUUCCACUGUGGAGAAGUGGGGCACGUGGCCAACGUCUGCAUGAACGACAAGCUGCAGAAUCCUUGCCACUACUGCGCACUGCGAGGACAUCAGGCGUGGGAAUGUCCCAAUCUGCCGUGUGCAAACUGUCUACAAUUGGGACAUCAGGAGAGGGACUGCAACAACCGGACGGUGAACAUCGAUCCGUGCAGCAUUUGUGGCCGCCCUGGACACAUUGACGAGGACUGCGACAACGUUGGAGACCAAGCAGAGGUGACGUGCAUGGUGUGCACCCAAGUGGGUCAUCUGCACUGUGUACCAAUCCCUCCACCUGCCGAUAGACGCGUGUAUUGCCCCAACUGCGCUGAGAACCACACACUUGACCGAUGCCGAACGUACAUGGAGCCUGCUGCGACCAACUUUGCCAAGCGAACGGCCAGUGGUCGCACCGUUCAGACGUGUUUUGUAUGUAACGAGGCAGGCCACAUUGCAGCCGAGUGUCCCGUGCGUUCAAAUGGCUAUGGACGUGGUGGAGGCAACUGCUUUAAAUGCGGGAAACCUGGUCACUUUGCUGCCGAUUGUUACGACUCGGGACGACGAGUUACGGGACGCAAACGUGGUCGCGAUGUGGAGGACGAAUACCCGGACUACAAUGGCUACGACUACGACGAAGAUGAAGACUAUUACUCGUACGACAGAUCUUCAAAGGGAGGGAAGAAACAUCGCAACCGAGGUGGCUCAUCGAGGGCUAGAAACUUUAACAAAGGGUACGCACGGUUGAACGAAGCUUUGCCCACAAGACCAUACAGAAACAACAAUAGCUAUGGCGAGCGCAGACGCAACUCACGCAGGUAGAUAGGGAGAUCUGGACACAAUUGUAGCGUUGUAUACACAGCUGAAGAUGACACAAGGCGGACUUUAUUUCCUCUUGAUGAGCUUGGACACAUUAUCGUACAGCUUGAGAUCCGUGAACUUGGUGUCGAGACUGGCGAGGCAGAUGGCGAACCCUUGCAGUGGGCUCAGCGGAUACUACAGAGACGGUGGGUGAGAUAACAGGCGAGUAACCGGGUGAAGCAGAGUCUUACCUUGACAUCCAUAGUGAACGUGCUCUUGUGGCAAUUGCACUGUCUUCGAGGUCCUGGAGGUUGACAGGAAACUCGGCCGAAUUGCAAUACUGUGGCGUCUCCGAGAGUCUGGAUAAAGAAAGAGUGAGUAUCACUUGUGAACUCUUGGAGUGCAUGAGUAACUUACGUCACACAUCAUCUGGAAGUUCUUGAUGGAAGGCAUAGUGACUCGUCCCCCAAAGUCCAGCACGUGGCCACCCGUUUUCUCGUCGAAAUGAGGUCGUUUAUUGUGUAACAUCAUCAGCCUCUCCGCGUCCGAAUUACUUGCUUCAGUUGGUUUAUCUUUCCAUAUUGAUGCAGUGCCAUUCGACUGCACGUGUGGAAUCUGCACAGCCAGUCUUCCUGGUCCCAUGUCGUCGUAGGAGAACUCGACAGCACCUAAAAUGUUGCGAACAUUCGCUUCCAGAGCAGUUUUACUUGGACUCAUGCCGCCAUCGUACACUGUGUACUCGGAACCGGACUAAACGUACAAGACGAGGUCUCAAGGGGUUAAAAUUGAUUAGAUAAAUAUAAAACAACAAUUGUUGCGUACCCAGUUGGCUCGCAGCUUUCCUACGA